CGGGGUGGGGGGAAGCGAUGUUUGCCCGUCAGUCGAGUCCGGAGUGAGGAGCACGGGUGCCGGAGCGGAGAGAGAGUCUCGGGCCACAGCUUGCCGCCGCCACGGCCACCGCCUGGACGUCUGCCCGGAGGGAGCCGCACAAGGUCGGCGGCCGCGGUCCUCGGGAGGGCUUCGAGACCGGGGCCCCGGACCUCCGUCUGGGAGGGAUUUUUCGUCGCCCCCCCUCCCCCCGCGAGGGAGCCGGAGCGGCCGCCAAACAAAGGUACCAGUCGCCGCCACGGGAGGAGGAGGAGCCGGAGCCCCGGCCGCCGGCGGACCCGCAGCUUCUUCGCCAUCUCUUCCCCCGGGCCUGCUGGUGUUGGGGGGGGAGGCGGAGCGGGGGACUCCGGCCGCAGGGCUCGGACCUCGUCUGCGCCGGAGGUGCAGGUGAAGCUGGUGUCGCCGUGGGGAUCGCGGCCCCAGAGUCACCAUGAAGGCCCUCGAUGAGCCUCCCUAUUUGACAGUGGGCACUGAUGUGAGUGCCAAAUACAGAGGAGCCUUUUGUGAAGCCAAGAUCAAGACUGCAAAAAGACUUGUCAAAGUCAAGGUGACCUUUAGACAUGAUUCUUCAACAGUGGAGGUUCAGGAUCACCACAUCAAGGGCCCACUGAAGGUGGGAGCUAUUGUGGAAGUGAAGAAUCUUGAUGGUGCCUAUCAGGAAGCUGUUAUCAAUAAACUGACAGAUGCAAGUUGGUACACUGUAGUUUUUGAUGAUGGAGAUGAGAAGACACUGAGACGAUCUUCGUUGUGCUUGAAAGGAGAGAGGCAUUUUGCUGAAAGUGAAACACUAGACCAGCUCCCACUCACCAACCCUGAGCAUUUUGGCACUCCAGUCAUAGGAAAGAAAACAAAUAGAGGAAGAAGAUCUAAUCAUAUAGGACCAGAGUUUAUUUCCAGUACUCACAUUGGGCAACUACUGUAACUUCAGCUCCAGGGGAUUCAAUGACUUGGCUUCCAUGGUUGUCUUCCCUUACUGCUGUACACGCAUGGAUACUUAACACACACACACACACGUAAAUAAACAAAUUAAUAAAAUUUGAGAUUAAGGAAAUUAUUUUAAGACACAGGAAGGAGAACUGGGGCUUGAGCUCACCUUUGUCCCACAGGCUUUUCUUGUUCAGCUGAAAAAUUUGAUUUUGCUUAGCUAGAGUACUUCAGUUACUUUCCAAAUUAAUUUUAAAUGUAAAUAAACUCUCAUUUGAGGACUGAAAUUAGAAGACCACUAAUCAUUGCCUUGAAAAAAUAUUUAUUGCUACCUAUUUUCCUAUCUUACUGUAAUUUGAUUUAUGCAUUUAUUCUCUGAAUCUUCUAAAAAAUGUUUUCUUUAGUUGUCAGAAAAUUUGUCUUGUUACUUUGCUGGUGAAUUGAUUAUUUUUUAGUAUACUUGAGUUACAGCUUUUUUUUUUUUUAAAUUCUUCUCUGUAUGACAUUUUAAAAUUGGAUAUUUCAAACAGAGGAAAAUAACCUGAAAAUAAAUGUUAGGUCUGAUGCAGUAGCACAUGCUCUUAAAACCAGCACCUGGGAGGCAGAGGCAUGCGGAUCUCUAAGUUCUAGAUCAGCCCAGACUACAUAGUAACACUGUGCCUUAAAAAGAAAGAAAAGAGAAAAAGUAUGGUGGUAUUAGUAAGAAUGACCUUCAUUGUGAAUAUUAUUUGUAAUUCUGAUGUGCUGUCUUUGAAUUUUGAGAGGAUUAUUACAUUGCCACAAAGUAUUCAUUGGAGCAUGUGAAUUGUGGAAUGUUUUAAUAGCUUUGAAAAUUAAUAAGUUAAUGUUUUAUCAUUGAUCAUUAGUCUUCCUAUAAUUUUUUAGAGUAUAUUCAUGUUUUAAUAACUAACUGGUGAUACCAGAGUGGUGAGUGUGAAACAUCAGAUAAUCUCAUUAGUGGUGAUUGUAGUUAUCUAGUUAGCUCAGUGCGAGCACAGAGCCUGAUGGCCUGAGUUUGUAUGUCCUGCCACUUGCUGCUGUGUGGCUUUAGCAGGUUAAUCUUCUCAUGCUGUGCUUCAGUUUUUAUCUGUAACUAAAUUAAUUUAUAUUAUAAAUUAAUGUAUGCAUGUGCACACACACGUACACACACAGUUUAUAUAUGAAGUUUAUAUAUGAUUUAUAUAUGAUUUGGGCUUUCAGGUUUGAGGCUAUUUGGAUAGACUUUACUGAGCUUUCCCAGUGUAAAGCCUAGAAUGCAAGGACUAAAUAGAAUUACCAUGUACUUACAUGUAAACAUAUCAGGAUCAAAUGUCAGUAUGUAAAGAAAUCUCCCCCCCUGGGUGUCCUGAAUGUCCUGGAACUCACAGAGAUACACUGCCCUCUACCUGCGAUUUAAGGUAUUCAUCACCACCAUUCAGCUAAGAAUAUUUUUUUUUAAUUUUGAAAAUUGCAGUAAAAUUUCAAUAUUUUUUCCAUUUUACAGAUAUCCCAGAAAUGAAAGAAUAAAUUCAAAAUAGGUUUAAUAUGGAAUAUCACAUAGAUUUGAUCUAUUAAGAUGGCUAAAAGAUCUAUUAGAAAGUCUUUAAUGUUAAAGAAAAAACAGUUCUACAUUGAACAUAAGAAUGAAUUUUGUAGGUGCUGCUUCUUAUUAACUUGUCAAAUCAGUAGUUUUUAGUUUUUCUCUUAAGAACCUCAGCAUGCAGUGAGAGAUGGGCUUUGGGAUUGUGUUAGACAUGUGUGACAUCUGAAAACAGGCGGUUUUGAGAUGAAGCCCACUCCUGUUACUGGUUUUACUAGCUGUUGCUCACCUCUCACUGUUGUGGUUGGUUGGUUUCACUGCUGAGGGUUCUCACAGUUCUUGCUUGGUGUUUUCUGCCUUAGUUUAUGAGCAUCGUAAACAGAUAUCACAGUUUGAAAUUUUCAUCUCUUUACCUACAUUUCCUCAGAGUUCAUUCUCCUGUUUCUUAUCUCUACAACAAAUUUUUGGACCUAAAUCUUAAGGGAGUUCUUGUGACCUUCAUUUCCUUUUCAAUUACUCUAUUGAAAAAGGUCUUUAUUGUAGUUGUAACAAUGGUCAUUUCAAAUAUAUUGUUAGCCAGGCAUGAUAUGGCGAUUACUUGUCAUCCUAGCUCUUGGGAGGCUGAAGCAGAUAGAUAGCAAAAUUUGCAACCAACCUGGGAUAUAUAAUGAGACCUUGCUACAAACAACCAAAAUAAGCAAUGUCUUUUUGUACAAAUGUAAGGUUAUAUUUCCCUAGGUUUCUCAGGGCUUCAUUGUCCCAAUAUUGUAGAACUACCUUUGUUUUUUCUUUUAGCAACUUUAAAUCCACACACCAGCUAAUCUGCCACCAUUUAUUCUGAAAUUGACUGUUUUGAUAUCUUCCCCUUAAUUUAACGCCUGCCUUUAGUUGAUCCUAAUUAAGUUCAAGAUGACUUUGUAAUUAUUUAACAAUAACUUAGUUGUUAUUGUUCUUACUGUGUAACUGAACUGAGUUUUAUCCUUACUAUGUUCCUAUUCUGGGCAGAGGUUUAUGUUUUAUUCUGCCUAAAAAAAUGCAAUGUUUAGAAUUAUAGACUGUUUCCAUACUUUUCUCCUCUAAUUUUGCUACUGUUUUUCUUUUUAAUAAUCGGUUUAAAGUCUGUUUAACUGGUAGAAUAAGAAGACAAGCUUCUGCUGUCACUUCCCAUCAGAGGACGAAUAAAGCCUAACAAAAUUUGCGAUGAUUUUUUUUUCCUAAUAAAGGUUAUUUAUGAGUGUAAGUUUUACCCAAUGACAGUGCUAACAGUUUUCUGGAAAAUGAAUGUCUUAAUUACAUAGUUACAGAUCUGUGACUUUAGUUUGCAUAUUAUAAACCUUUUACAAAUUUAUUAGUUACAGUUUUAAGUGUGUUCACAAGAUUAUGCAACAGUUGCUAACUUUGCUGCUGUCUGAUUUCAAAAGAUAUUUUUAGUAUUUUUUGUACCUUUUUUAAAAACAAAGAUCAGAUUAUAUUUUCUUUUUCUUCCUAAGUGUAACUUCUAAAACAUCAUCAGAUUUUCUCAGCAUGUGCAUAUCUAGCUUGAUUCCUUUAAUAGAGCCACUUGAUCUAAAUUUUGCAGUACCAUAUAUCAGCAUUUGUUGUUGUUAGAGUUUGUUUGGUUUUUUAAAUCUUGCUAGUCUUACCUACCUUAGUGUGUAUCCUUGACUUGCCAUGCUCACACUGCUUUUCUCCUAUCUAGUUGAAUAGAUUUUCCAUUAAUAUUUCAAAAGUAAAA